UUCAUUAGAUAGAACCUCCACCUAAACUACUACUAUAAAUCAAAUUGAAUGAUCAAGUCUUCCUUUGUCAAAAUCGUUGAAUUCUGUUCUUCUCUUUCUAAUCUAGCUACUCGAUCGAAGUUAUUCUCUAAGCUGGAAUCCAGAAACUCACAGAAAGGUGUCUGCUACAAACAUGGAAGCAUUCGAGUUUGCGGAGGAAGAUGAAAGGACUGAAUGCGUUUCCGCCAAUUUGACCCUCAAGUACGAUAAAAGCAGUACUCCUAAUCCUGCCUACGAACCCAAUAUUCAGUUGAAAGAAAUUGGCUGUCCACAGGGUUCUGACAAAGAUGAUGUAAUUCAUGAUCAACAUGAUCAUAAUAUCUCUUGUAGUGUUCCUAGCAUAGACGACUCUGCUUCCAAUGCCAUCUACAGAUUUGAUGACGCCAGUUUGUUCAGUCCAACUUGUGAUAUACAACAACCUCAGUUCUUUGCAAAUAGCCUUAUGCAAGGAAAUAUCUAUCAAUCUGAAGCAACAACUUUGAUCCCUCAAGUAACUUCAGCUAAUGAGAGACAAUCAAAUUGGACCUCUCACCAGUCUUCAUCUUGUGAUGAUUCAGUUGAUGAAAUGUCGGAUGAUGAUAUAAACAUGGAUGAGAAUACUAAGUCAGUUGCAGAUGUCUCGGAAGAUGGUCAAGUUGUGGAUGGUUCAAUCUACAAUCGUUUCUCCAUCAAUUGGAAGAUGGGUGACAGGAAUACUGCAGUUGUGCAUCCCGAUUUUGUUGUUUAUCAUGGUAGACAUCGUGCAGAUGCUAUGUUAAUUUUCUCGGCUACAUGCAUAGAGUUGAAGACUUCUGCAGCCUAUGGACAUGAAGAAGCAAUUAGAUGGGAAAUAACUGACAUAGUUGAUAUGAAGAUUCAUUUUGCUGAUAGGCUUGAGAUAGUGAUGAUAAAGCUCCAUAUGAUAUCUAAAGAUGCAAAUCAAGCUGAUAACGAGCAUCAAACCCCAGGCAUCGAGGAGAUAAUAUUUGCUGUAGAUGACUCAAAGUGGCAUAAGAAGCAGGAAGAGAUAGCAUCCUUGGAUGAUAAAUACAAAGAUCUACUGCAUUUUGUAAAUGAUGGAGAGCCAUUAAUAGGUGGAAGUUUUGCAUAUGAUCCUAAGAAGAAUUAUUUUCCUAGUUUUGACUCUCCGUUUCAAGAAGUUAUUUAUCCAAAGGGAGAACCUGAUGCUGUUUCUGUUAGUAAGAGAGAUUUUGAUCUUCUACAACCAGAUAUAUUUGUAAAUGAUACAAUCAUUGACUUCUAUAUCAAGUAUGUGAAGAAUAAGAUCCAACCUGGACAGAGACAUAGGUUCCACUUUUUCAAUAGUUUCUUCUUCCGAAAGUUGAUUGACCUAGACAAGGAUCCAGCCAGUGCUUUUAAAAGUGCUGCUGCAUUUCAGCGUGUUCGCAAAUGGACUAGAAAAGUGAAUAUUUUUGAGAAGGAUUAUAUCUUUAUUCCCAUAAACUUCAGUUACCACUGGAGCUUAAUUAUUAUUUGUCAUCCUGGUGAUGUGGUUAAGUCUCAAGAAAAAGAUGCCGAAAACUGUCAAAGACUACCAUGCAUAUUGCAUAUGGAUUCAAUGAAAGGAACUCAUAAUGGGCUAAAAAACAUUGUUCAAAGUUAUCUGUGGGAGGAAUGGAAAGAGAGACAAAAGGAAUCAUCUGAGGACAUUUCUAGUAAAUUCUUGAAUUUGAGAUUUGUCCCACUUGAGGUACCACAGCAGCAAAAUUCAUUUGAUUGUGGGUUGUUCUUGCUGCAUUAUGCUGAGUGCUUUGUGGAUGAUGCUCCUGAUAGCUUUAACCCUUUCAGAAUAACAAAACUUUCCAACUUUCUAAAUAUGGACUGGUUUCCUCCAGUUGAGGCUUCUCUUAAGCGUGGUUCAAUCCAGCGUCUUAUUCAUGACAUGCUUAAGGUGGAAACCUCUGAAACUAAUAAUGGAUCUACAAAUGGUGAUGCAUUUCCCUUAGAGUUGAACUGCCAGGGGAACGUGUCAAGUUGUCCUAAAGAUCUGGGGAUCGAGAUCACUUUAUUACCAGAGAGGACGACCCAGUGUGGUAUUGGUGAUUCAGGUCUUGUUCUAAGGGAGCUUCUUGUGACAGAAAAUGCCACAACAUCAUAUGUUAAGGGUAACUCUCCAAUUUUUGACCAAGAAGCAUCCACUGGUGGGUUUAUUAGCCCUGUUCAAAUAAAUGAGCAGCCAGAUGUUGGAGCCAAUGAACAUUUUUUCUGUACAUCAUUAAAUGGAAACGACGUUAAGUUAUCUAUGGUUCUCCCAGAAGAGCCAUGCUUCUUGUCCUUCCCUUCAAGACAGUUGGACUCUAAUGACUUAUUGGUCCAGGCUGAGAGUCAUAGUUUGGCAUUAGAGCAAAUUGAUAAACCAAAUUCAUCAAAUCACUCCACCAUUCCCAAUGAUACAUUACAAAUUGCGGCUCCUAAUUAUGGGGAACAAAUAGGUAAUAAUAAUGUUGUUGGUUGUUUCACCUCUUUCUCAAAUGACCCAUUUGGAUGGUCUUAUGGGGUUGGAAAAUCCACUUUUGAUGAUUAUUCUAUAUUAGAACCAGAUGGAAACCAAACUGCCAAUGGAAGUACAACAACAGCAGAAGAAUCACUAUAUAACUUAGACCAUUCUGCUUAUUUGGGUUCGAACGAGAAGUUAGCCCACAAAACAAAUGUAUAUGAGCCGAUGUUUGAAUUAAUUACAGUGGAUCCCGUUGAGAACAACAACAGUACUAUCAUCCCGGUUCAGGAAAUGAAUAAGUUGCAAGAUGGGGAGAAUUCAACUAUCAUCCCGGUUCAGGAAAUGAAUAAGUUGCAAGAUGGGGAGAAUUCAACUAUCAUCCCGGUUCAGGAAAUGAACAAGUUGCAAGAUGGGGAGAAUUCAACUAUCAUCCCGGUUCAGGAAAUGAAUAAGUUGCAAGAUGGGGAGAAUUCAACUAUCAUCCCGGUUCAGGAAAUGAACAAGUUGCAAGAUGGGGAGAAUUCAACUAUCAUCCCGGUUCAGGAAAUGAACAAGUUGCAAGAUGGGGAGAAUUCAACUAUCAUCCCGGUUCAGGAAAUGAACAAGUUGCAAGAUGGGGAGAAUUCAACUAUCAUCCCGGUUCAGGAAAUGAACAAGUUGCAAGAUGGGGAGAAUUCAACUCUACCAUCCAAAAGGACUGCCGAUGAUUCAAUGGUGGAACAUAGCGAAAUUAGUGCUGGUGGAGAAGCGUUGUUGGAAUUUAUUAGCAUCAAACCUGAAGCCAAAAGAUUACGUCUUACGCCUCAUUUGCAUGAGGAUAACUGCACAGAUGAUAUUGCAAGUGAACUUGUUUGAAUUAGUCCGGGAUUUUAUUUUUAGUUUUGUGCAGGUUGAUUUGUUCAAAUGGUUCGGGUUUGCCUGGAUUGUGUGAUGUGACAUGAUAGGACAGGUAGGUGAAUUGAUGAUGCGUCGUAGACAACAAUUGUAGUCUUUCUUUGAUUAGUGGUGCCUGUCUGUCUGUCUAUUUGUCUGCCGAGGCACAAAACCUCUCCUUGUUGAAGUUGAAUAUUUAGGAAAGUGUAGAAGAAGAAGAAGAAGAGAAGAAACCAACAAUAUUGUUAGAUAUACUAUUAUUUACUCUUCAAAAACUGAAGAAAUAAUCUCAAUGGGUUCUUUUGGACUUAGCUUUUUAGUUUUCUAUCAGUUUAAUGGAUGGUGGUUAAUUGUAACUGAUGAUGAUCAUCUGAAUUUAUUUUACUGUGUUAAUAGAUUUGGAUCAGUUUUUAUUUC